CCUUGACCUCAUUCUCAUGCCAUAAGUAUUAUAAGGCCAAGCCCUUCGUGUGCAUAAGGUAUGCGAACUGAGAUCGCUCCUUCCUCUCCCGAUACUCUCAUCUGGUCCUAUCAUUUCAUCAAACUGGCUUUUCAACCAUAAAUACUAGUUAGUCUUCCCAGGCAGAUUUCCAUCGCUGAAAGCCUUCUACAUUUGCCUGGGGGGCGAGGAACAUAUCGAGUUUUAAUGACGGUGACGCGUUUUACUGUUGAUCUCAACAUGGGUUCUGCCUCUGCUAUCGCUUUUCUUCUUUGGGAGCUCAUAAUAACAUUCGACCGCGAGGUGGAUUUUAUUUGGUCCAAACCGAGAACCUCUUGGAUUAAGUGGGCGUUUCUUUUCGCUCGAUACUUUCCUCUCAUGGCUGGAAUAUGCGGCCGUGCCAUCGACACUGUCGUCGUUUAUAGGGAUCCAAUUCCCAUACCACUCAAUGCCUUGCGCAUCUGGUACAUCUGUCAGGUUCUGGUACUCCACUUGAUGAUGCUGGGAGCGGAAAUUGUUAUGAUGGCUCGAGUCUAUGCGCUGUAUAGCCGCAAUCGAUAUAUUGGAGGAAUUUUCCUUCUUCUUCUUCUUGGUGAAAGUACAUCGGUCAUAGUUGGCCUUGCGCUCAAUUUGCCAAGCGAGAUUUUUAAUCCCGACGACCUGCUUACGACCUCUUCGAAGUCUUACAUUUAUUUCGGAGUCUCGGCAAUGAUUUCGCAAGUGGUCAUUCUUGCUUUCUCUAUAUAUCGAUAUAUACGUGGGGACUGGAGAGGUGUUCCAUUAGUCUCCCUCAUGAUUCGCGACGGAACACUUGCUUUUGGAGUACUUUUCUUUGUUUCUCUCUUGUUGGUUAUUUUCACAGCAUCGGAAACAUAUCCCACACCUACAUUUGCAUGGUUGAUCAACUUUAUCUCGGCAGCUGAGUGCCGGCUUAUUCUGAAUAUGCAGCAGAUUCCUGUUCCAUAUAGCACCUACCGAACUUCUGAUACACCGCUGACGACAUUCCUCGUGGACAAUAGUCGGCAAGCGCUGACGGAUAGAGAUCUGGUAGAAAAUCAAACAACCAAUAUUGCAACCCCUUGACAUUCAUACCCUUUUAAGUUUGUAUGACACUGUAUAUACUAGCUUCAUCUGUAUUAUAUCAAUUGGGCGGAAAUUAGGGCGGAAUCUUGAAUCAGUUUCCUUUAGGACAAGGGCCCGCGGCGGCGCCGGCGACAAAGACCUUGCUGGAGGGACACCUGUUUUCAA